UGCAAGACUCCAGAGCUUCAUCUGCGGUGUAGACUGUAUUCUGCAUCAGGGAGUAAACCUCACCAGGCCAAUAUGUUGACGCGAUGCUCCAAUCGCUCUCGCAGUGCCCAAUGCUUUCCCGUUGUUGAAGGCCUCUUGAAUUAUGCUGCCGUGCAGCCUUACGUGCAUAACUGUUUCGUUACCCUACACGAAGGGAGACACACAUAUCAGUUUUGUGUUUUCUUCAGGCGACACCGUCAUCUGGGAGUCAAUCCCCUUCUUAGCAGCGUAGAACACAUAUUCCAAGGUGACGCAGUUGUGAUGAGGAUUGGUGUUGGCGGUGACUCUGUUGUGAAUAUGCGAGGCAGAGAUAAUGCACUUGCUGACUUCGUCAUGCACCAGUGA